UUGUGCACUCCUCUCGCUCGCUCGCUCUGCUCACGUUACCUAACAGAUUCCCUGCUCCUUCCUGUGUGCCUUUAGUCCCCCGCCCCACAUAAUCGCUCCCUUCUUCUUCUUCUUCUUCUUCUUCAGGUUAGUCAGUCAGGGAUCCCUGCCUGGCCGUCCCCCUCCCCUCCCUGCUGCUUCCAAGCGAGAAGCUCCUUCCGGGUUAGCAAUAAUUGCCCCCACCAUCAUCAUCAUCACCGUCCCCAUCCCCAUCAUAGCCCAACGCGGGAGCCAGCCAGCCACACACCCUGCAAGAGGAGGAGAGAGAGAGAGAGAGAGAGGCGCGGCGGCAGCUCCCUCCCGGCGGCUGGAGGAUGGGAGCGAGAAGCCGAGCCCAGCCAGGAGGCGGCACCAGCCCGAGCAAGCCAGGAGGCUGUGCCGCCGCCUGAGUCUCUCCGUCAGCAGGCAGGCAGGCAGGCGGCGGCGGCGGCUUCUCCUCCUUCUCUUCCUCCUCGCCCGCCGGACCCGAGAGCCGGCGCCAGGAGGAAGGAAGCGGCGGCAGCGGCGGGCAUGGAAAGGCAGAGCCCCGCGGCAGCGGGGACGCCCAACCCGGGCAGCCGGGGAGCCGGGGACGGGCACUGCGCCCUGAGCGCCAGCGGGUCGCCGGCAGGCGCCCUGCACCGAGAGGGCAGCCAGGCGGCGGAGCCGGACGAGCUCAUCCGCCGAGCGCUGGACUUCAAGAGCCAAGGGGCGCAGUGCUACAAGGAGAAGAAAUUCCGGGAAGCCAUCGGCAAGUACCACCGGGCGCUGCUGGAGCUGAAGGGGCUGCUGCUGGCCCAGGAGGACCACGGCGACGCCGGCCCCGCGGCCCCCGCCGCCGCCGCCGCCUUGGGCAACCUCACCGGCGAGCAGAGCCGGCUACUGGAGAGCAUCGAGAUUGACUGUUACAACAGCUUGGCAGCCUGCCUACUUCAAGCUGAACUGGUGAAUUAUGAGCGAGUCAAGGAAUAUUGUCUGAAAGUACUGAAGAAAGAAGGAGAGAACUUCAAGGCACUCUAUCGUUCAGGUGUAGCCUUCUACCACCUUGGAGACUACAACAAGGCACUUUACUACUUGAAAGAAGCAAGGUCCCGACAGCCAACAGAUACCAACGUUGUGCGGUACAUCCAGCUGACAGAGAUGAAGCUUAGCAGAUGUUCCCAGAAGGAAAAAGAAGCUUUGUGAGAAGUCGGCACUCUGUUCUGCGGGACUGCCUGAGAGGACGUUUCCUUUCCUGAAUGCCCAUUGGGUGGAUUUUCCUCCUCACUGGCUCUACCUUAGCUGACAGUCUUUUCUGCCAACUCCCUGCUUUACUUUUGAUCUUAGCUGGAGUGGGGAGGGGUUGUUGAUCAGUUGUUGUUUUUUUAAAAGAAGAGACUCAGCCUUUGGAUCUGGCAUUGGCUGUUUACCAGCACAAAUAAUAAAAACUGAGCCCUCAAAGCACAAUCGCUUUAAUCAGCUGUGUUCUGGGACUUUGGCUGAAGGUUUGAAGGCAGCGAUGGAAGGGGAUCUACUCUCGCCUUGUGCUUUUACUAUUUGCUGCUGUUAUCUUCACCAGCAUACAGGAGGCUGGCCUGCUUUCGGCCACGCCAUGAGAGCCAGACCUCAGUUUGGCAGCUUUUCUACAUUGGUAGAUUAUUAAGUUCCAGCAAGAAGCUGCUUCCUCAAAGUCCCAUCCCACUAAGGUUCAUUUGCAACACAUUCUGUUUAAAGCACCGGCAGGGUGGGUGGGCAGAAUGUACUUUAAACUAGUACUUUGGAGUCUGAAAAUAGGAAGGGCUUUGGUGACAUGGCAGAACCUGAAAUGGAAUGUGAAAGGACACUGUACUGUUUGAGGAAUAAAACUGUGGAAUGGUUAAUAUCAAAUACACAUUGUUGAACAGGCAGAAAAUUAUUAUUACAUUUACUACUAUUAUUACUAUUAUUAUUAUUAUUAUUUUAGAAGGCACCCCUGGUCUCUCUUACUUAAAGAGGCAGCAUGACCAUGUAACUAGUCUCAGCUCAGACCGUGGAAACUGGUCACUUACCCUUUCUUUGCCUCAGUUUCUCCAUCCGUACAGUGGGGACAAUAAUGCCUCCCUACCUCACAGGGGGUGUUGUGAGGAUUUGUUAGUUGAUGUUUGUAUAGUGCUAAAUAUUAUUAUUGGUACACUGGA